CCGCCAGCUGGAGCCGCGCGGUGGGCACGGUCCCUUUAGGUGCUCGACCUGAGCGAACGGUUGGCUUGCCGACCGUCGCAAUGUCGCGGCAGAGCACCCUGUUCAGCUUCUUCUCCAAGUCUCCGGCGCUGAAUAAUGCCAAGAAGGCAGGGGCCUCUAGCGAAGGUCGCGGUGCCGCCGCCACUGGGGCCUCCCCUACCCUCGGCGAAGAUGCGUCCGGGAGCGAACCUGGGCCUGAGCCCGGGCCCCAGGCAGUCGAGUCGUCGCCGCCGGAAGCAAAGAAUCUCAAUGGAAGGCUGACGAACUCGGCUUCGCCGGCGGCGCCGGCCAGCAGUUCCUGUGACUUCUCACCAGGUGAUUUAGUUUGGGCCAAGAUGGAGGGAUAUCCCUGGUGGCCUUGCCUGGUUUAUAACCAUCCCUUUGAUGGAACAUUCAUCCGAGAGAAAGGGAAAUCAGCCCGUGUUCAUGUGCAGUUUUUUGAUGACAGCCCAACAAGGGGCUGGGUCAACAAAAGGCUAUUAAAGCCAUAUACAGGUUCAAAAUCACAGGAAGCCCAAAAGGGUGGUCAUUUUUAUAGUUCAAAGGCUGAAAUACUCAGAGCAAUGCAACGGGCAGAUGAAGCCUUAAAUAAAGACAAGAUUAAAAGACUUGAAAUGGCAGUGUGUGAUGAGCCCUCAGAGUCAGAAGAGGAAGCAACAGAGGUAGGUGCGACCUAUACAUCAGAUAACAGUGAAGAAAAGGACAGUGAAGGUGAAAUGCAGCCUCAGAAGCUGAGGAGAAGUAGCCGGCUAGUAAAAAAACUAAGGGUUAUAUCCGACUCCGAGAGUGGUGGUGAUUCUGAUGUGGAUUUCAAGCCCGAUGCUAAGGAGGAAGGUAGCAGUGAUGAAAUCAGUAGUGGAAUGGGGGAUAGCGAGAGUGAUGGUAUGAGCAGCCCUGUCAAAGUUGCUCCAAAGCGGAAAAGAAUGGUGACUGGAAGCAGUACAUUUAAAAAGAAAACUUCAAAGGAAACACCUGCAAAAGUUUUGAAGGAACCACCCACAAAGGUUUCGAAGGAAAUACCCGCAACCACCAAAUGCAUGACUGGAAUUUUGGGAAACAAGGUCAUAUUGAGUGGUUUUUCUGCCUCUCAUAAUUCUGAAUCCCAAGUCCGUGUUAGUGGAGGUGAUGACAGCAGCCCCCCUACUGUAUGGUAUCAUGAAACUUUAGAAUGGCUUAAGAAGGAAAAAAGAAGAGAUGCACGCAGGAGGUGGCCUGAUCACCCAGAUUUUGAUGCAUCCACCCUUUAUGUGCCUGAAGAUUUUCUUAACUCCUGUACUCCUGGGAUGAGGAAGUGGUGGGAGAUUAAGUCUCAAAAUUUUGAUCUUGUCAUCUUUUAUAAGGUGGGGAAGUUCUAUGAACUGUACCAUAUGGAUGCUGUAAUUGGAGUCAAUGACCUUGGGCUGGUGUUCAUGAAAGGCAGUUGGGCUCAUUCUGGUUUUCCUGAAAUAGCAUUUGGCCGAUACUCAGAUUCCUUGGUGCAAAAGGGCUAUAAAGUAGCAAGAGUGGAACAGACUGAAACUCCAGAAAUGAUGGAAGCAAGAUGCCGGAAGAUGGCACAUAUAUCUAAGUUUGAUAGGGUGGUAAGGAGGGAAAUUUGUAGGAUCAUUACCAAGGGUACACAGACUUACAGUGUCCUGGAAGGUGAUCCCUCUGAGAAGUACAGUAAAUAUCUUCUUAGUCUCAAAGAAAAAGAGGAAGAUUUUUCUGGCCACAAUCAUGUAUAUGGAGUAUGCUUUGUCGAUACUUCACUGGGAAAGUUUUUCAUAGGUCAGUUUUCAGAUGAUCGCCAUUGUUCUAGAUUUAGGACUCUAGUAGCACAUUAUCCUCCAGUACAAGUCUUGUUUGAAAAAGGAAAUCUUUCAACAGAAACUAAGACAAUUCUGAAGGGUUCAUUAUCAUCUUCUCUUCAGGAAGGUCUGGUACCUGGCUCCCAAUUUUGGGAUGCAACUAAAACUUUAAAAACACUCCUUGAAGAAGGAUAUUUUACUGAAAAGUUGAGUGAAGGCAAUGGAGUUGCAUUACCCCAGGUGCUUAAAGGUAUGACCUCAGAGUCAGAUUCCAUUGGAUUGACACCAGGAGAGAAAAGUGAACUAGCCCUCUCUGCUCUAGGUGGUUGUGUCUUCUACCUCAAAAAAUGCUGUAUUGAUCAGGAACUUUUAUCCAUGGCAAAUUUUGAAGAGUAUAUUCCUUUGGAUUCUGACAUGGUCAGUACUACAAAACCUGGUGCUCUCUUUACUAAAGCCAAUCAACGUAUGGUGCUAGAUGCAGUGACAUUAAGCAACUUGGAGAUUUUCCUGAAUGGGACAAAUGGUUCUACUGAAGGGACCCUGAUAGAAAGGAUUGAUACCUGCUAUACUCUCUUUGGAAAGCGGCUUCUCCGACAAUGGCUUUGUGCCCCGCUCUGUAGUCCCUCUGCCAUCAAUGAUCGCUUAGAUGCCAUAGAAGACCUCAUGGUACUACCUGACAAAAUCUCCGAGGUUGCAGACCUUCUAAAAAAGCUUCCAGAUCUUGAGAGGCUCCUGAGUAAAAUUCAUAAUGUUGGAUUUCCCUUAAAGAACCAUAACCACCCAGACAGCAGGGCUAUCAUGUAUGAAGAAACCACAUAUAGUAAAAAGAAGAUAAUUGAUUUUCUUUCUGCUCUAGAAGGAUUCAAAAUAAUGUGUAAAAUUAUAGAGAUUAUGGGAGAAGUCACUGAAAGUCUUAAGUCCAAAAUCCUUAAGCAGAUUGUGACUCUACAGACAAAAGAUCCUGUAGGCCGCUUUCCUGACUUGACUGCCGAACUGAACCGAUGGGAUACGGCCUUUGACCAUGAAAAGGCUCGAAAGACUGGAUUGAUCAUUCCCAAAGCAGGAUUUGACACUGAUUAUGACCAAGCACUCGCUGACAUAAGAGAAAAUGAACAAAGCCUCCUGGAGUACUUAGAGAAACAGCGCACUCGACUUGGCUGUAGGAAUAUUGUCUAUUGGGGGAUCGGUAGGAACCGUUACCAGUUGGAAAUCCCUGAGAACUUCACCACCCGUAAUCUGCCAGAAGAAUAUGAAUUGAAAUCUACCAAGAAAGGUUGUAAACGAUACUGGACAAAAACUAUUGAGAAAAAGUUGGCUAAUCUGAUAAAUGCUGAAGAACGUAGAGACACAUCGCUAAAGGACUGUAUGCGGCGACUAUUCUAUAACUUUGAUAAAAAUUACAAGGACUGGCAGUCUGCUGUAGAAUGCAUUGCUGUGUUGGAUGUUUUACUGUGCCUAGCUAACUAUAGCCAAGGGGGUGAUGGUCCUAUGUGUCGCCCAGUAAUUCUGUUACCAGGAGAAGACACUCUCCCAUUCUUAGAGUUUAAAGGAUCACGACAUCCCUGCAUUACAAAGACAUUUUUUGGAGAUGAUUUUAUUCCUAAUGACAUUCUAAUAGGCUGUGAGGACGAGGAGGAAAAUAGCAAAGCUUUUUGUGUGCUUGUUACUGGACCGAAUAUGGGAGGCAAAUCCACACUUAUAAGACAGGCUGGUCUACUAGCUGUACUGGCCCAGUUGGGUUGUUUUGUACCUGCUGAAGUUUGUAGGCUCACUCCAGUUGAUCGAGUGUUUACUAGACUUGGUGCCUCAGAUAGAAUAAUGUCAGGUGAAAGCACAUUUUUUGUUGAAUUGAGUGAAACAGCCAGCAUUCUUAGGCAUGCAACAGCACAUUCUCUAGUGCUUGUGGAUGAAUUAGGAAGAGGUACUGCAACAUUUGAUGGGACAGCAAUAGCAAAUGCAGUUGUUAAAGAACUUGCUGAGACCAUAAAGUGUCGUACAUUGUUUUCUACCCAUUAUCAUUCAUUAGUAGAAGAUUAUUCUAAAAAUAUUUCUGUGCGCUUAGGACAUAUGGCAUGCAUGGUAGAAAACGAAUGUGAAGAUCCCAGCCAGGAGACAAUUACUUUCCUGUAUAAGUUCAUUAAGGGAGCUUGUCCUAAGAGCUAUGGCUUUAAUGCAGCAAGGCUUGCAAAUCUUCCAGAGGAAGUUAUUCAAAAGGGACAUAGAAAAGCAAGAGAAUUUGAGAAGAUGAAUCAGUCACUACGGUUAUUUCGGGAAGUUUGCCUGGUUAGUGAAAGGUCAACUGUAGAUGCUGAAGCUGUCCAUAAGUUGCUGACUUUGAUUAAGGAAUUAUAGACUAACUACAUUGGAAGCUUGGAAUUGACUUUUGACGAAGGUGGUAAAUUCAGACAACAUUAUGAUCUAAUAAACUUUAUUUUUUAAAAAUGA